AUGCCCAGAUGCCCAUCCGUACGCCGCUGGGCAUCGAGUUCGUCUUCAUCGAGCAGCGGUAGCAGCGACUCACUCUGGGCCAUCUCCUCCGUCGUCUUUUUUGGCUCCCUCUUCGUCUACCUCACCUCACCCUCAGUCAAGGGACAUGCAAAGGGGCACACCCCAACGCCGCACAAGACCGAAACGUUUGAUGCCAACGAUGAGACGCUGCACGAUCUCAAGAAGACCGAGGACCAAAGUGACACCCAUCUGGAGAGCAAUAACUUCCUGACCACAGCUGCCCACAGCCCAAACUCGACCGAGGCGCCGACACAGAAGACCGAGGACGCGCCGACAACGAGCGAUGCCACCACGUUGAAGACUGGCGUCGCAAACGCGAAGGAUAGCGACCACAUCAGCGACCCUCAGAACGUCGUCGCUGCCGCCGCGACCGAGAAACAUGACAAGGAGGUGGACAGGAAGGGCAAUGACGAAUAG